AUGAAUGUGUCCUCAGACUCCAAGAUUGAGAUAUCCUUCUGGAUUGCUUGGGCCCUUACCAUCGCUCAUGAGGCGAGUGAAUAUACAGAACAGAAAUUCAAUGCGGACAAGACAGGAGGGGACCUGGUCAUACCUUCUCCUCACCUAGACACAGAUCUGGUGAUGGAUUUGAGUCGGAAUGCCAAUUUGGAUCUUCCAUUUGAUCAUUUAAAUGCCUUGAUCACAGUUCAGAUGCAGAUCAAUAUUGUGAGAUACAGCAAAUUGAUAUCCCCGAAGGACACUGGACAUAAUGAAGAGAGAGAGAAGAUGUUGCUUGACAGGUCUCCUCCUGGCAAUGAGGGUACUAUGUUCAUCGACGUACCCACCACAGUCCUUGACGUCACCAGCAUUUUGUCUCCCUUAUUGCCCAAUGGUUACAGGAUACUGAAUAUAUUACAGGAAGAAAUUUGGAAGGCCACCCAAUUGCUGACUCCCACACUCGAAAAGAGUGUAAAAGUCGCUGGCAGUUGGUGGACUAAUGAAGAGUGGUUCGGUGAAGGCUCCAGGAAUAGUGACAUCACUGCCGUAUGCAUCAAUAUAUCCCCAACUUGGUUUCAACAGGGGCAUGAGACCAUCUCAGACCCAGAGGUAUCCGCAUCAUUGAAGGGUCCACACUCCGAGGAAAUUCUCAAAGCUAUUGUGAGGCUGGCAGCUAUUGCAUCAGCUGCACUCAGGGUCAUGCAUCCUCGACAGUACUGGGCAGGCAUGCGAGCCUUUUCAAGCCUCGGUGAGUCAGCUGAAACCAAGAAUCUUCCGAACAUGUCAGAGACCCUCAAGCUCUGGGCCUCCAUCUUCAAUACCCUCUCUGUCAUUUCUAAUCGGCAAACCCCAUAUCAUAGAGACCACUUAUCAUCUCCCAAGUGGUUUGACAUUCUCACAACUGUAGGGGAAUUAUUCUAA